AUGUUCAUGUACAGUAGGAGAUGUUCUUUCAUUUUCAAGAACCUUUCUUUUAAAAGGUCAAAUUUCUUUACAAACCCUAAGAUUUCUUACGGAAACAAGUCUUUUUAUUCCAACUUCUCUGACAACAGGCUGAAAAGUUCCCUAGAAUCCAUUAGGUUCACCAAGAAAAUAAAAAAUGGGUUUAUUUUCCCCAGAUAUGACCAGGUCAACUCUGUUUUGAACAGAUUCAAUAUAGCUCUUGUUUCUCAUUCUUUGGACUUCUCAACCGCCUCCUCCAAUAUUAUUGAGCUGACCUCAGACGACCAAGCAUUGGUUUACACACUUCCCACUCAAACAUCUGUUAUUAAUAACUUUACAGAAAUGACUGACGAGGCAAUACCAGUGAAGUCGAAAGUUUGUAUUUCUGAAACCGAAUGCAGUUCUAAAGAUAACGAAGAUGUAAUUUGUAACUUUAAAGGCCAUCCUCAAAUAGGAAAGGAGUAUGGAUCUGUGUACACCAAACAUGAGCCCACAAUGUUUGGUGACUGGUCCCACAUGGGUCGUGUUACUGACUUUUAA